UUUUCCCUAUACCGUUAUGUCUCCUCCCACCUCAUAAAUAUUCAUGAGCAAAGUUGCCUGCGUGCCGUUACGCUAUGACGACAUGGAAGAACUGCGGGUCCCGAUUGCUGCAGCCGCUUGUCAUUGUGACGAAGAUUGGCACUAAGUUCAGUGGAGCUGAAGAGCAGCUUUAAUAGAAUGCCCAAGAGCUGUCCACGGCAACAGUAACUAUGAUGACAUCCCCAUCGGUGUCCAUGGAGGAUUACCAAGAGGCUGAGCAGAUGCAAGAAGAACAGACGGCGGGACAAGUGGAGGAGAGGUUGGAGGAAGAGGAGGAGAGAGAGGAAGAGGAGAGCAGCUCAGCGCCGUCUGAACCACAGACUCCUAUGGAGGUCUACAAGACUGCUAUUUACAGACACCCCUUGUUCCCCCUGCUGGCGCUGCUCUUUGAGAAAUGUGAGCAAUCGACUCAGAGCUCGGAGUGCGUGACCUCGGCCAGCUUCGAUGUGGAUAUCGAGAACUUUGUGCGAAACCAGGAGAAAGAAGGCAAGGCUUUCUUCAGUGAGGACCCCGAUUUGGACAAUCUGAUGGUGAAGGCCAUCCAGGUGUUACGGAUUCACCUGCUGGAGCUGGAGAAGGUGAAUGACCUGUGUAAAGAUUUCUGCAGCCGCUACAUCGCCUGCCUCAAGACCAAGAUGAACAGCGAGACGCUGCUCAGCGGAGAGCCAGGAAGCCCCUACUCCCCAACACACACACAGCCGCUGAGCUCGUUCUCUGGAGCCAUGAGUCCUCAAGGUAUUGUAGUACCAGCGUCGUCUUUACAACAAGGCAACAUUACUGUCACAGCUGUAAACCCCACACAGGUGGUCACAGGUGGUACAGUGUAUCAGCCUGUUACAGUUGUCACUCCACAGGGGCAGGUGGUCACACAGACUCUGUCACCUGGAACAAUACGCAUCCAGAACUCACAGCUUCAGCUGCAGUUGAACCAGGAUCUAAACUUCUUCAGUCAGGAGGACAACUCGUCUAAAGCCAAGAGAGGCAUCUUGCCUAAACACGCCACCAGUGUCAUGCGUUCUUGGCUCUUCCAGCACAUCGGUCACCCCUAUCCUACAGAAGAUGAGAAGAAACAGAUCGCCCUGCAGACCAACCUCACCCUGCUGCAGGUUAACAACUGGUUUAUUAAUGCACGGCGACGGAUCCUUCAGCCCAUGCUGGACGCCAGCUCCUCGGACACACCCAAGAACAAAAAGAAGACGCCCCAAACGCGGCCCCUACAACGCUUCUGGCCCAACUCCCUCGCCGCCUCUGUGUCCCAGCAGCAGGUCACCAUGGAAGACGGUACCACAGUAACAGUCGGUGUGGGUGAGGACGGCCUCCAGACGCUCUCAUCAGAUGGAGCUACGCUGGCCAUGCAGCAGGUCAUGAUGGGAAGUCACAGCGAGGAGGAGGAUGAGGAGGAUGAAGAGGAUGAAGAGGACGAGGACAAUGAUCCUUCCCACUCCGACAUGACCAGGCUGGGCCUGGAGACCAGCGACUCUCUGUAGUAGGACUGAAGCACACACACACACACACACACACACACACACACACACACACACACACACACACAGUGACUUUAGUAAGGCACAUCAGAGCACUAAGAAGAAAGAUACGUUCACACAGACACCUCGGCCGACGUGUUGAAGGUCACAGAACGUCCUCAAGCUGUCAAACAGCUCAUCUGAAGUACAGAGAAAGGGCUUAAAGCCACACAGACACCGACACAACCCAUACACACUCAAGCACAAGUCUCACACGCAUCAUUUCCGACGCAGUUAGCCGAGUGCACUUUUUGUAUGAUACUCUUAAUUAAAGAAAGUGUUCAAAGCACAUUCUGAAAGAGCUAAAAGGAAGGAAAAAAAAUAAUGUUGAUGCUGGAUUUGAUUUGAUUGUAGUUAUCCUCGUGGUCUGGGAUACUAUAACAAUGAGAUUUCAGCUCUUUGCAUGCCUGUGUUUGCACCAAGAAAAAAAAGGAACUAUUUUUAUAGCACACUGUCACAUGUGAUCGGUGCCAAUUUGUUUGUUUUCUCCUUUUAGUUUGUUUUGCUCUGUUUUGUAAGGAGAAUUUAUGUAUGAAAAAGACAAAAAACACUUUUAACUUGCUCACCCUGUUUUGGAGGGGAUUGUGGUAACUACUUAGUACAAAGAAUGACUAUCCGCUGAAGGCAUAGACUAUGAAGCCUUACCUUUUUACAUUUCUAACGCCACAAUGUGAGACACGCUCAUAUUUAUGGAAGUUUAUUUCAACCACAGAAUUAAAACAACAUUUAAAAGGGAACCAUGACUUUUUAUCUCACAUUUCGGACUAUUUUACGUAGAAUUGUGAGGUUAUAUGUCACAAAUCUGAGUUUAUAUCUCGCAAUUCUGUUUUAUUUUCUUGCAGUUCUGAGUUUAUAUCUUUUGCCGAGAAAAAGAGGUCUGAAUUGAAGUCUUUAUUGUGAGAUAUCAACUCAAAAGAAAAGAGAAAGUAAGUUAAAGUUAGAAUUAUAAGGCUAAAAAGUCACAGUUUGCUUUCUUAAUUCCAUGGUGAAAAAAAAAAAAAAAAGAAUCUUCUACACACAUCUGAUGUCACUUCCUGUGCAAUCGGCAUGGAUACCGUGUCCAAACAUGAUAUGUUUGCAAGGUUGUAAUAAUGUUUAUGUCAUGCAAUGCCUGUUAUUGUUGUAUGAGAAGAAAAUGUGCUUUUUAAUGAUUAUAUUGCCAAAACUCCAAAUGAAGUGAAACCGAGAAGGACGUCAACAAGACUUUGUAUUUAUGUUAAUUUUUUUUUGGCAAAGGGACUCAUCGUUGAUUUAUGACAGAUUUCUUUUUUUUAUUCCGUGUUGUUAUGGACAGUUCAUAUAGCUUUUUUUUUUUUUUUUUUAAAGAAAAAGUGGAUAAAACUAAUGUUUUCAAUAUUUAACAAUUGAUUGCAUGCUUUUUCAUUUAUUGUAAAGAGACAUACAACAUGAUUUUUGAAACCUAACAUAUGCUCACAAUAGAAAUGCCAAUCUAUCCGUGUAAACCCAGUGAGACUGGUACAGUCGAGCUGUUAGUAACCUCUUGAUGGUAUAUUUAACAAAGAAGACAAUAUAAUAUAUAUUAUGAUUUCUUCUAUUUCCAGCUGCCACUCGACUGAGCUCGUCUGUCCUGUUUUCUAGUAAUUUAGCGUGUUCAGUAUGUGCUGUAGGCUGUCUGUACUGAGCGGCUUAUCAUUGGCAGUAAUCUUGUGAUGACUAACCCGAAAGGAGAAACUCCGUUAGCUUAGCACGGGGAGGUUUAAACACUGUCUUAUUCUCUUUGCUUCUAUAAUCGCUUCUGUCUCUCACACAAACACACAGAUAUGCCUUUCAGACUCUUCAUUUUGUAAUAAAGAACACUGUACCUGAA